CUUUUGAAGAAUGUGAUGGGUCAUGGGUGAGAUGGGCACAGUAAAGUUGCCAGACGAACUGAACAAGGCUAUUGAGGCCUUUUCCUCCUCAUCCGCAGCGACACGUCGAGCAUUUUUAGUCUCGCCGAGCUCGUCAAGAAAUGCAAGUAUGGCGAUGUCGAGACGCUCUUACCGCUCCUCAAAGCAAAGCGUACGGAGACAGUAGACUUUGUUGGACAACUUCCUUUGGAGAUUUCACUGAAAGUUGCCCGAUAUCUUGAUAUCCCGGAUUUGGGCGCCAUGGGUCGAGUAGGAAGACAACGCCUGUUAUGUUUGCGAUGCACGCAUUCGUAGGCAUUCAUUCAAUGUUUCGCUUUUAAAGGUAUCUCGUACAUGGCAUACGUUCAAAAAUACCGCAGCAUUAUGGCAGCAGCGCCUCGACGAGAUGCACCGACGGUGUCCUUGGCGCAUACCAAGACAACUGGACCCACAUGCAAAACACACCUGCGCCAAACAUUACAAUUUCUUUCACAAUUCACCUGUGGAGUAUGUCCUUGACCUGCAUAGCGACAAAGUGCACGCCGUACGAAUCAAAAAGAACAUUAUGGUCAGUGGAUCCUACGAUCGGACUGUCAAAGUGUGGGAUCUUGACAAACAAAGUUGCAUCGCUGAACUUGAGGGUGGAACUGUCAUUUCGGUGGACUUUGAGAUUUCAGGUGAAGAUGGUGUGAUUGUUAUUGCAAGUUUUGAUAGGAGAAUAUACAUUUGGGAUCUACGAACCAAGAACCUUAUUCGCACAUUGGACGGACACACAUGCUCGAUCAUUGAGGUGCGACUGCAUUGUAAUCGUGUAUACUCUUCCGCACAAGAUGGAAGUAUUUGGAUAUGGGAGUUGCGAACUGGAGAAACUGUGGGGAUUAUAAAACCAGAUCACUUUGACCAUCGCUCCUUUUUUGGGCUUUACGGGGAAUAUUUGGUAUCAUUACAAGGUGAUUUGGUAGUUAUUUAUGAUCGCACCGGCAAACAAUUGGACCAGAUCCACCGAUCAAAGGACUCCCAAAAGCAAAUGUUCGACUACGGAUUUACUCACGGGUAUAUUAUAAGUAGUAAUGACGAUGGUGUAUGGUUUGAACGUGUCUCUCCCGAGAGGCAAAAGUCCGUGUGCAUCCCCAUUCAUGUGCCAACUUCGUCGUUGUGGACGCGGGACUUGGGAGCAACAUCCAGCUUCAUAUGGCUGAAAAGAAGGGCAGGCGCAGACGUGUAUAUAUACGAACCAUGGGUCGGAGGAGCCUCUAGAAAACUCACGUUCAAUGGAAAGAUUGUACGAGGUGUGGUGGAGGUAGGCGAUGGACAUAUUGCAUGGGGACUUGCCAAUGGAGCGGUGAAAGUAUUUGAUUUUACACGAGGCAUUUCGCAUCUAUUGUAAAUACCAUGUCAUCUAUUAAAAAAUGAACCUUUAAAUGAUUAUUUUUUUCCAAUACCCC